AUCGUCUCUGUAAAAUCUUUGCUCAAAAACCUUUGAACCCAGAGACGGUCUAACCCAGUUCUGGGCACUGGACACACACGAAACCGCUCUUGUUUUUGUUUGUUUGUUUUUUUUAUUUUUUGGCAACACGCCUAAAACUUCCACACAUUUUGCGCAAAUUGUUCCUGAACUGGUUUUUUCUGUAAUACCCAGAUGAGGAUUUCAUCACAAUGAAGAGGUUGAAGAAGAAUACCUAUGAUUAUGACACGGAAAGUCUUUCUGACUUCGCUGCCCACUUUGUUCUGAGGGAUCCAGAUAGGAAACUGAGGUUGAGUGUGAUGAGGAUCAUGGGGAUCUUUGUGGUUUGCCUGAUGGUGUUUUCAGUACUGUUCUCAGUUUCUGUUGUUCUUAAAGACCCACCUUCUGAUGGUGUCUUGGAUGCUUCAGAAACUAGUGUUCUCCACUUGAAACCUGAUAAAGUCAUAAGUUCAGAAGAUCAUCCCUCUGGUUCUGUUGAUGUGCAAAAGGAUAAACUGUUCAGUGGCCUUCUUGGAACUGGGUCGAUUAAUGUGCCGAAGGAUAAACUGCUUGGUGGCCUUCUUGCUGCUGGAUUUGAUGAAGGCUCUUGUCUUAGCAGGUACCAGUCAGCUUCAUAUCGCAAAGAAACAUCAUACAAACCUUCUUCUUACCUUGUAUCCAGGUUAAGAAAUUAUGAGGCUCUGCACAAACGAUGUGGACCUUAUACUAAGUCUUAUAACAAAACCAUCGAAAUUCUCAAGUCCGGCCAUUACACUGGUGCCUCAGAUUGCAACUAUGUUGUAUGGAUUUCCUAUAGUGGAUUAGGAAAUAGGAUAUUAACUCUAGCUUCUGCAUUUCUUUAUGCUCUCCUUACAAAUCGGGUUCUACUUGUUGACCCUGGAGUUGACAUGCCGGAUCUUUUCUGUGAACCAUUUCCAGAAGCCUCUUGGUUUCUUCCUUCAGAUUUCAACCUAAAAAGUCAGUUUGCCAGCUUGGACCAAAAAUCUCCUCACUGUUAUGGGAAGAUGCUGAAGAAUAACAGCUUUUCCAUUCAAGAUGAACAUGCACCGACUUUUCUUUACCUCCAUCUUGUCCAUGACUAUGAUGAUCAGGAUAAGCUUUUCUUUUGCGACCAAGAUCAAACCUUCCUUCAAAAGAUACCUUGGUUGAUCAUGAAAACAGAUAAUUACUUUGUUCCAUCUCUCUUCUUGAUCCCUUCUUUUGAGCAAGAACUGAGCUAUCUCUUCCCAAAUAAGGAUACGGUCUUCCACUUUUUGGGUCGAUAUCUUUUACACCCCUCAAAUACGGUAUGGGGACUAAUUACCAGAUAUUAUAAAGCUUACUUAGCUAAUGCAGAUGAAAGAAUGGGCAUCCAGAUCAGGGUCUUUGAUACUGGGACUGGUCCAUUCCAACAUGUGUUGGAUCAGAUCUUGGCUUGUACCAUUAAGGAGAAUCUGCUGCCAGAAAUUAACAAGCAGGAAUCCUUCAGCAGUCCAUCUGGUCCUUUGAAAUCUAAAGCUGUGCUGAUGACAUCCUUAUCCUCUGGGUAUUUUGAGAAGGUACGAGACAUGUAUUGGGAGUAUCCAACUGUAAGAGGGGAAGUGAUUGGAAUUUUCCAGCCAAGUCACGAGGAGUAUCAACAAACCGAGAAGCAAAUGCACAACCAGAAGGCAUUGGCGGAAAUGUAUCUACUGAGUUUGACCGAUGUGUUGGUCACUAGCUCAUGGUCUACCUUUGGCUACGUAGCUCAGAGUCUUGGUGGAUUGAAGCCAUGGAUACUCUACAAACCGGAGAAUCGAACAGCCCCUGAUCCUCCUUGCCGACGAGCAAUGUCAAUGGAGCCUUGCUUCCAUGCACCUCCCUUCUAUGACUGCAAGGCUAAAAGAGGAACUGAUACAGGAGCCUUGGUUCCUCAUGUGAGGCAUUGUGAGGACAUGAGCUGGGGUCUUAAGUUGGUUGAUCAUUACGACGAGUUGUAAGCUUUGUAUGUUUCUUUGUUGUAUCUUUUAUAUCCUGAAUAAUGUUACAUUUUUGUGUGUACAAAUGAAAUCAGAAAUAGUUCACUUUUAUCUUUCUUCUA